AUGGGCGCCGGUGCAAGUACGCCAUCUGUUCCCCCUGCAAACUCAGCUCCCGCUGCAACUUGUCCUGUCGAUCACAAGACCCGUGAGAUAUGGUUGCAGCAGCACAAUGCUUCGGGCGGAGCUCCCCAUCCUCUGCCUGGAGAAGAAGAGAAAGCAAAGACAAAGCUUCAGCGGCCACUGUCUACGGAUCGUGAAGUGAGCAGCAUACCACGAGCUCUCGAUGCCUCAUCGCGAGCAUCGUCUUCCGAAACUCCCGCGGCAUGUCCGUCGCCGUAUGCCGCAUCGCACGGUACACCAUCGAAUGCAGAGGCCGAGACGGGUCAUGACCAGAGUACAGGCAAUUGGAUCUAUCCAUCUGAGCGACAAUUCUUCGAGGCUCUAGUACGGAAAGGAAACACACCUGCCAGCACAGGCUCGGCGUCCGAACUGGCGACAACAGUAGCAUCGAUUAUCCCAAUCCAUAACGCCGUCAACGAGCGUGCCUGGAGGCAGAUCCUUGAAUGGGAAAGUCAGGCGCCGUCGUCAGAUCCUGGUAGCAAGAAAUGCGGUGGACCAAAGCUCUAUUCAUUCCGCGGGCUGGGCGUCGAUCCCCAGUUUCUCAGUCCUCGCGCCCGGUUCAAUAGCUUGCUAGGAUACCAAAAGCCCUUCGACCGACAUGACUGGGUGGUGGAAAGAUGUGAUGGCGAGCGUGUUGAGUAUGUCAUUGAUUUCUACCAGGGGAAGUCAUCAGGAACGGACAGUGGUCCAGCUGGAUUAACGGCCAACGCGGGGCCAGGGAAGCUCAGUUUCUACCUCGAUGUACGACCAAAGCUCAAUACGCUCGAGGGCUGGAGGAUGAGAUUCAGACGCUUUACAGGAUUAUAG